CCUUUCCACCUUCCACCCUCCACCUUCACACGUCUUCUAUUUCGUGCUUUCAUCCUCAAUCACCGCAUAAUCUUUUAAGGGAAUAGUGAAAGUUGAUAGGUAUUAGUUGUUGGAAGGCAAGAACAAGAUGGCGACCAUACCAAUCGUCGUCAAGCAUCAAGGGACCAAGUAUGACAUUGAAGUCGAUCCCGAGUCGACCGGUGAGGUGUUCAAGUUUCAACUUUUUAGUUUGACAGGCGUAGAGCCCGAACGACAGAAGAUUCUGGUUAAAGGUGGCCAGGUGAAGGAUGAUACUCCUAUGAGCAAGUUCGAGUUUAAGCCGGGCCAAGCUAUCAUGAUGCUCGGCACGCCAAGUCAGGAAGUUCUUGCACGACCAAAAGAACCCAUCAAGUUCGUCGAGGAUAUGACCGAAGCUGAAGCUGCUCAGCAAGAGGGAGCUACACCUGCUGGUCUGACCAAUCUCGGCAAUACCUGCUAUCUCAAUUCUACGCUCCAAACCCUCCGCGCCAUUCCGGAGCUCCAGAAUGCUUUAGCUAAAUACGAACCUCAAAGUGCAAGUACUGCUGGCCUCUUACCGCCUCUGGAUUUGACCAAGCAGCUGCGAGAGCUUUACAAGUACAUGUCAGAGACCCAGGAAGCAUACGUUCCUCACGCGUUCCUAACCGCCUUACGAACCGCUUUCCCUCAAUUUGCCGAGCGUUCCCGGACUGGUCACGGCUUCGCCCAGCAGGACGCCGAGGAAGCAUGGUCUCAAAUUGUUACUCAGCUACGUCAAAAGCUACGCGUGAAGGAUGCUCCCGAUACACCGGAAACCUCUUUCAUCGACAAAUAUAUGCAGGGGGAGUUCACAUCUCAACUUGAAUGCGACGAACCCGCUGCUAAAGAAGGCGGAGAACUGCCUGUUACCUCAAAAGAAACUUUCUUGAAGCUAAACUGCCACAUUGACGCCAAUACGAAUCAUUUACGAGACGGAAUUGCCAAUGGCUUGAGCGAGAAGUUGGAGAAGAGAUCGGAAGCCUUAGGCAGAGAUGCUGUCUACACUAAGACCUCUAAAAUCUCACGAUUACCCAAGUACUUAACGGUUCAUUUUGUUCGUUUCUUCUGGAAGAGAGAGACCCAGAAGAAGGCCAAGAUUAUGCGAAAAGUUACUUUCCCGCUCGAAUUGGACCUUGUAGAAUUCUGUGACGAUAAGCUGAAGGGGAUGCUUGUUCCCGUCAGAGACAAGGUCCGAGAAGUUCGAAAGGAUGAAGAGGAUAUCGAACGGGCACGCAAGCGACGUAAGCGGAAUGCUACUGGCGAAGACGAGGCCGAUAUUCCAGGUGGUAAGGGCGCGAAGAAAGAGGACAAGAAGGAUGAAAAGAAACCUAGCACCUCGGCGGAUGGUGACGUAGAGAUGGGUGAGACUUACAAGACGGAUGCCGAGAUUGACGCAGAACGGGACGCGGCCUUACUGGCGGCUAAGAAAGAGCUGAAUGCUCUCAUCGAUCCAUCAUUGGCGAAGGACGACGGUGCAAACCAGUCGGGCUUAUACGAGCUACGAGGCGUCGUUACACACCAGGGUGCAAGCGCCGAUAGCGGUCAUUACACGGCUUACGUCAAGAAGACGGCCCCGGUUGAUGCCAAGACGGGAAAGCGAAAGGAAGAGGACGGAAAGUGGUGGUGGUUCAACGAUGACAAGGUAUCUGAGGUGACAGCCGACAAGAUCGAGGCUCUAGCCGGAGGUGGCGAAUCUCACUCGGCUCUCAUUCUACUGUACCGUGCUAUCCCCUUGCCUUCCGCCGAGGGUACGACUGAGUGAAUACGAAAUUGAUGAGGAUAUGAUAUCGCAUACGGGCGUUUUUAAGUGCAUGGCGAGUAAACGGGGGAUGGAAUAUGGCGGCUUAGCAUUAGACUCGCUUUCACUUGAUAGGUUACGGCUCGGAAAAUAGAUAUCUUGCCAUAUUUGGUCGGUAUUUUGAUCUCAUUCCCUUUCCUCAUGUAUUUUUUU